AUGCACGGAGGCAAUCAGUUGACAUUGUAUACAUUACGACAAGGAUUCUGGAUUAUCGGAGGUCGGAAUCUUGUAAAGAGUAUCAUUCGUCGAUGUGUGACUUGUGUUCGCGAACGUGCCGCAGUAGCUGCACACUUAAUGGGUAGUUUACCUGAUUUCAGAACUACCAAUAGUAGGCCCUUUACUCACACAGGUAUGGAUUAUGCUGGUCCCUUUCAAAUUCGUUUCGCUCCAGGUAGAGGUCAUAAAAUUUACAAAGGGUAUAUCGUUCUUUUUGUUUGUUGUGAUACAAGAGUAAUUCACCUUGAAUUAGUUUCAGAUUACACGUCACAGGGUUUUCUGGCUGCUUAUCAGCGUUUCGUAUCUCGUCGCGGUAUGCCGGCUCAUCUGUAUAGCGAUAAUGGCACGACCAUCCAGGAUGCUGAUCGAGAGCUAAGGCAGAAUCUAAAAAAAUUACGACGAGAUUCCGAUUUACUUUAUAAUUUAACAACUGAGGGCACUUCUUGGCAUUUUAUCCCACCUACGGCUCCUAAUUUUGGAGGUAUAUGGGAAGCAAGUGUCAAAAGUUUAAAGCAUCAUUUACGUAGAUGUGUAGGUGCUCACACUCUAACCUUUGAAAAGUUCAGGACUACACUCACUAGAAUUAAGGCGUGCCUUAACUCUCGCCCUAUUGGUCCAAAUUCCGACGAACCCGAUGAUUUUUCCUAUCUCACACUAGGUCAUUUUUUAAUAGAAGCUCCUCUUACGAAUCCUCCGGAACCCUCUGUCGAUUUGGUUCCAGAAAAUAGAUUAACUCGCUGGCAAAUUGUACAACGCAUAACUGAAAUGUUUUGGCGAAGGUGUAACGUGAAGUAUUUACAUUCUUUACAACAACGUUAUAAGUGGCAAGAUUCUUGUAAUAACCUUGAGAUCGGUUCAAUGGUACUUAUUAAACACGAUGUUCUCCCUCCAUCUAAAUGGCAGUUAGGUCGAAUUAUUAAAACCUAUGUGGCCAAAGAUGGCUUGAUUCGAAUAGUUCGAAUCAAGAUGGCCACUUCAGAGUACGACCGACCUAUAUCUAAAGUUUUUUCUUUACCUGUGUCAUCAGUGGGAGCUGCUGAGUGGUCAGACAACCAUAAAUGA